CCCAAGAGCGUGCCGCCGAAAUUUAUAAGAAAGGUGAGACAGAUUUAGGUUCGCGAGAGGCUCUGGUUGUUGGCGAGGUGAUGAUAAAAGUUCUAGAUAGUUUUAGACAUUACCAUGUGGUUCAACCUGCUUUACCUGUUUUUCCUCUCGACUAUUGCCAUGACAAUCGUUUCUUCCAACGAGUUUUGUCCUGCUGGUUUUGCGCCCUUUCACCGUGACCAUGGUUACGCAUUGGUUGGUCACGUGAUAAGAACUCUCUAUCUGUUCUUACCAGACUGCAUGACGGCGUGUGAGGAAACCUUGAUAUGUUUUUCAAUCAACGUUUAUAAAAAUCAAAAUAGCGGGAACGUGUGUGAGUUGAAUCAGUCGAACGAGAAGCAAAAACCCGAAUCUUUUGUGCGCAUGGAAGGAUAUCAGUACGCUGAAUCACAGAAAAAAAGGUUUUGUGUACAGAAAGAUUGUCCAGAAAAGGAUGCCUUGCCGGAUGAUUGGUUCUACUUCAAUUCGUCGUAUUUAAAGCUCUUCAAUGAUAAAAGACCCUGGCACGAUGCAAGACAGUACUGUCAGAACCUUGGUGGGGACUUGGCCUCCAUUGCAAGCGUGACGGAGGAAGAGUUUUUACAGAAGUUGAUGGUCCUUGAAAAACGAAGCUAUUUACUUAAGAGACUGAUCGUAGAUUUGGAUACACCUUCCUCAAUGUUAAGCCUUUUUAAUGGAGCCAGCCUAGUUACUCUAGAUGGCAAGCCUUCUUUGUCCCUGGAUGGAGUGGAUGACUAUGCUACCACACGUGGUUUUUCCACGCACAAAAGCUCAUUAACAUUGGCCGUGUGGAUUAAAACCCCAAACCCAGAGAGGACCAUGUAUAUCUUUAGUGAUUAUAAAGACGCCCUGAACGCUGCCUUCAGGCUUUACAUCGAAGGGAAGAAGUUUGUUAGUGAAAUCUACACUGCGAAAAAGAACGUGCUACGUUAUGUUAGCGUGGGUUCCAUUCCUGCUAAUACCUGGCUACACAUCGCGUUCACAUGGAAUCGCUACUCACGAAUUGGGAUGUUCUACUUCAAUGGGACGCUUGAAUCAAAAUCGCAACAAACGGCGCCUGAUUCCACACAAAAAAUUUUUGUUACUGGGAAUCCCACAUUUUUCAUUGGUCAAGACAGUGCUGGGCAAAACCGUUUUACGGGAUGGAUUAGAUCUCUUGUUGUGAUUUCUUUUGAUCUUACUGGAGAUGAAAUUUAUGAAGUUCGAGAUGGAAUUUUUCUCGAUGGGGCCUGGAUCGGAAUGAAUGAUCUAACGAAGGAAAGAACAUUGCAGUGGACAGAUGGAACACCGCUGACCUAUAAGAAUCCCGUUCUUUACCUAAAUCUCAAGGGGAGAGACUGUGCUGUGAUGAAGAAAAGUAUAUGGAGAAUGGAACACUGUAACGGAAAUGCGUUUUUCAUCUGUGAGAAAAAGUAACGCGUUCCGAAGAUAAAGAAAGAGCUCCAAAAUUAUAUAUGGAAUAUUUCCGGGACCAACUGCUCACAAGUACUGCUAGGAUUAAAAAAAAAAUCCUUGUCGUUUUUGUAGAAAUAAUAUAAAAUGUGGGUUUUAUAAUUUUAAAAACGUAGCGUCCACACCUAUAUAUAUGUUUGCCUUAUACUUUGAAUUUUACACAAUACUAUUUCGCACACUAUACAGAUCAGUCUUUGCCUUGGACCGGUAAUGUUUUCCCAUUUCACACUAUGCGUCAUUAAAUUGCGAAUAAGAUCUUUUGUUUGAAUAAAUAAAAUGCCUCUUUCACACUA